UCCGAUUUUCGGGAAUUCAUUGUCAUCCUGCUCGUGGAUCAUUUAGCUUUUAUUUUAUUUAUUUAAAUCAGUUAAAGAGGCUCAAAGGUGCUGAAGAUGCUUUUGGGCUCGAGAUUAUUGUGCAGGAGUGAGGCGUGUCCCUAGUAUUGUAUACAUACACCACGGCUCAUCUGUGUGCAACUAUUCUUCUUCCGGGAGACUAGCCAUCUUCAGCAUGUCAUAAUUAAUUAAUUAGUUUUUACUUCACUAAAAUUUAGUAGAAGAAUUUAAAAUAAAGGAAUAAUCAAUUCUUUGGAGAUUGAAUCGAGAUGCCGAGCCUCGAGAGAGAAAAAGAAAAAUCGAUAUUGUUGAUGGUCGAGCUCAAUUAUUAGUGAUUCAAUAGUCGGCUGUGUUCGUGUUGAUGAAGAAUUCACUUUUGCGCGGAUUUACAGUUGACAAUAACGACAAUAAUACCAUGUCGCAGAUAAAAAUAAUUAAUUUAAGCAAUAUAUGUCGGGUGUGCCUUAAACAAGGGAUUAAAAAAAUGUCACCGAUAUUUGGUGAUACUAGUAAUAAUAUUGCUGAUGUUCUUAGUUAUUUAGCAGACGUUCAGCUUAAUCCGCAUGAUGGUUUACCUGCUGCUAUUUGUUUGACCUGUAAAAAAAAAGUUGAAGAGUUUUACAAAUUCAGAAAUUUGAUUGAGUUUUCCGACAAAACUCUCCGAUCUUAUUUAAAAAUAAAUAAUGAAAAUGAUCUGAAUUUCGAAGGUGAACAAGAAAAUAUUUUCUCGGACAAUAAUGAUUCGGGAAUUACUUACGUAGUUACGAUGCCCAAUGACUCUACACAGAUAUGGGACACUGCUGAUACAUUGGAAUUGAAAAAAAAUGCUGAUAAAGAAGUAGAAAUAUUAGAUGAAGAUGUAAAAAUAGGCUUAUAUAAUAAGAAUGAAAAUUAUGGAGACAAAAAUAAAAUGAGUAAUGUACAGAAACAGAAAAAAUAUAAUGAUAUUUUUUGCCAGUUAUGUUCUAAAAAAUUUAAUUCAGUUAAAGAUUUAAAAGAUCAUGUAGACGAUCACUGUUUAUUAAGUGAGGCCCAUGAUAAAUCUCCAAAUAAAAUUGAAAAAGAAAUAUGUUUGAAAACUGAAGUUAAAGAAGAAGAACCAAAUUUAGAUGAAUUUUAUGAAAAAUCUGAGCCAGAAAAUUCACAAUUAUUAUUUGACGCUUUGACAAAUUCUGAGCCUGUUUCUCAAGAAAUUGUUAAAUUAAAUUCUGAAUCUGAAGAUAUAAAAACGGAAAGAUCUAAAGCUACUGAAACUAAGAAGAAAAGAAAGAAAAAAACAAACGAGCCAAAAAGAACACGGCGCCGUCAGUUUCCAAGAGUUAGAAAUAAGUUGGAUAGAAUAAUUGAUCAAGGUGGUAUUUGUUUGGGUUUUAAAUUCAAAGACAGUUACUUCGAAAGUGUUGUACUGUGUAAAUUUUGUAGUGAAGAACUGACGACGGAGAUGAUAAAUGAUCACGCUAGUCAUUGUUUGAUCCAAAACCGUAAUUUAGUGUGUGAUGAGUGCGGUCAACAGUUUGACGAAACCGCGGAGCUGAAAAGUCACAAAGCAACUCACUCAUCCCAACCACUGACAUGCAUUCACUGCAAUACUAAUUUUUCAAACAUAAACACGUACAACACACAUAUGAAAAGACACACACUUGGCAGUCGGUUUAACUGUGAAACGUGUGGAAAAAAAUUCUUUUCAAAUUCCGAAUUGGUACGACAUGUUCAAAAACAUCUGAACAACAAACAAUUUACGUGCAAUAAUUGUGAUGCAUCAUUUGUGACACGUCCAGAGUUAACCCGGCAUCUCAAGUACCACACAGGAUUCAAGAAGUUCAAAUGUCAUAUUUGUGGUAAAGCUUAUUACGAGUCGGGUCAUUUAAAAGUACACAUGCGAUACCAUUCUGGAGAGAAGCCUUUCAUUUGUCAGACUUGCGGGAAACCAUUUAUUACAAAAUCGAAAUUAUUAAGACAUGAAAAAAUUCAUUUAUCUAAAACAUAACAAAUAAUUCAUAUUAAAUAUUAAUA